AUGCGCUGGUGUACUUUAAGGCACCUAUUCAGUAUAUCCACAAUAAUCCUCCUAGUAGACGCUGGAUUAGAAUGUGAUCCAACUUCCAAUGUUAAAAAACCAGAUCCAGGCAGUCCUGAAUCUUAUUUAUACUGCAAUUUGGAAGGAUCCUUCUCGAAACGAAAAUGUGCUAGCGGCAAAAUUUUCAAUAGUGAAACUGGAGAAUGUGACUCCUUAAUGCAGGCCGACGAUCCGAUUGACGAUAUUUUCUCGCAGCCGUUUUUCCAAGCACCGGAUGACUUGUGCGGAGAAGGGAUUCCAUUGACUAUUCUCUCUGCACCUGUUACCUGUAAUCCUUCAAUCAGCAGUUGUCCAGAUGGCUACAGUUGUCAGUUUUACGAGCGCACAGGAUCCAGUUACUGCUGUCAAAACCCAACACCAACCGCCAAAAGUUCAACUGACAAAAUUAACUGCGGCGAGGGACGAGUUACAUAUAUUGAGAUGGCUACUGGAAAACCACGUUCCUGUGUUCUCGCCAAUGACAACUCCUGUCCAGCUGGAUUUGGAUGCACUCUAGUCGCUGGAACUACCACAAGAUGUUGUGCAAAGGAUAUGGGUUGUGCUAUCAACUCGGCUCCUCAGCUGAGAGGAAGUAAUCCGAUUGAAUGCUCACCAACCGAUGGCAGCGCCUGUAAGAGUGGAUAUGUCUGCAGCAAGAGCCAAUACCUGAACAAGUUCAUUUGUUGCUCUAAUCCGGACGGUGAAAUUAUGGGCUCAUGUCCUGGAGGUGAAACACCACUUGAGAAUACUCAGUGUUCUGCCAAUAAGCCAUGUCCGAACGGAUUCUCUUGCAACGAUAAAAAGUGUUGUCCAUACGCUAGUGUCUGCCCUGCAGGAGCUCCAUUGAAUAAUGGACCAAUGAAGUGCAGUGAAAAUGCUCCAUGUCCAGAAGGACACUCUUGUAUCUCCAAUGCUGGAAUUCAGUACUGUUGCCCGGCUAAAGAAAAAGUUUGCUCUCUGCCAAGAAACGGAGGUGUCCAAUGUGCUUCAUCCAUGAAAUCUUCCAACCGUUACUACUUUGAUAUCGCUACCGCCACGUGUCGCUCAUUCAAAUUCACCCAAUGUGGAGGAAAUGCCAAUAAUUUUGGAUCACUUGAAGAAUGCGAGGGAUUCUGUGUUGACACUCAAUGCCCCAAUGGUCAAGCUCAUCGAGUCGGUGCGGUGAAUGCCAAUUGCGCACUCGCACAGGCAGACACUUGCCCAAAUCAGCACUUUUGUCAACUUCCGCUAUUUGGCCCGAGCCCUAUUUGCUGCCCAACACCGGAAUUGACGUGCAAUGAGAUGGUGUCAGCGGGAACGCCAUGUUUUGGAAGAGGGCUCACUAUUCAGAGAUAUUAUUUCAAUCCUUCCACUCAAAAAUGCCAACCCUUCCACUACUACGGUUGUAAUGGAAACGGAAAUAAUUUCGAAUCCAUUGACCAAUGUCAAAAUUUCUGCCUCCAUUCUGCUGAUAAUGCUUGUGACGGUCUCGUCCCAUUGAAGAAUCCUAAUAGCGAACUUCAAAGAUGCAGUGAAGACGAUCCAUGCCCAGCUGGAUACGAAUGUAAUGACUCUGCCUUCUGUUGUCCAACCUCUGAAAAUGCCUGUAACGCCAAUAUGUCUAGAGGAAACGGAUGCAAAGGGUCUACCCAGAGAAGCAUGUGGUUCUAUGACAAAUCUAAGAAGAAGUGCUCGCAAUUUGUAUACAAUGGAUGUGGAGGUACCGCUAAUAGAUUCACCAACAAAGUCGCUUGCACCGAAUCAUGCGUUCAAUCCAGCGCUUUUGGUCUUUGCCCAAGAGGAAUGAAUCCAUUCACUGAAGACGGAGAAAUUACACCAAAAACAUGUACUCUGAAUGUUCGUGCUACUUGUCCAAGUGGAUCGUCUUGUGUCAAGUCAUCAACAAAUCAACCUAUCUGCUGUAAAGCUGUUACUGCUUGUCCAAACAACCGUAUUCCAUACAAUAUCCCUGGAACCAACUCCGUCGUUGCUUGUAGCAUUGAACGGGACGACUGUCCAGAAGAAUUCCAGUGCCUUGAAUCAGCUACUGCUCCAGGAUUCCACAUGUGCUGCUCCGGACCACUUCCCUCAUCCCAAAGACCUGUAAGACCAAUUCCACCACCACCAGCUCCAAAAACUAGACGACCAUAUGAACCGGAUAGUUUUGCUGAACUUCUCUCCAAUAUUUCUCCAUGCCCUCCACAACUUUUCAGUAGCGGACAGAGUUGUACAGUCAACCAAAUUGGAGACUGUCCAAAAAACCAUAUUUGCUUCCGUGACGUUGGAUUCAAGCAGGGAGCAUGCUGCAGAACUACUCCACCAAAAUGUAGUCAGAAAGGAUACGUUCCAGUUUUCCUCGACAGAACUCAAGUUCAAGUGUGCCAGGUUGAUAUUGACGGAUGUCCAGAAGACUCCAAAUGCAUGACUUCAAGCGUAGCAAAACUAGCGAUUUGCUGCCAGAAAUAUCAGCCACCAACUCCGAACAACAGGCCAGCGAACAGAGGAGUCAAUCAAGGAUCAGCCGCAAACAACAACAACAAUCAAAACAACAAUAAGGGUGCUGUGUGUGCGAACGGAGAACUACCGUUCCGCGGGCUAGACAACAAAUUCCAAGAGUGCAACUUUGUUCAUAAUACUUGCCCAUCAGGAUACCAAUGCGAGUUCUCCUCAACCGGACAAGCUGUCUGCUGCACUAAUAAUAAUGUGAUUCGCUGUCCAUCUGGAUCCUCAGUAUUCGAGUAUGGAGGUAGACCACUUGCCUGUCCAGCCGGAAGUAACAAAUGUCCACAAGGAUACAGCUGCAUGCCUUCAACCAAUCCACAACAUCAUCUCUGUUGUUCCUCUGGGUCUGGAAUGGGACUGUCUCAACCACAAUGUCUUCGAGGAGUUGCUUACGUCAAUCCAGCAACCAACCAACGUCAAUUCUGUUCUCCAAUGAGAGCUGACUGUCCAGCAGGAUACACUUGUUUCGAAUCCGAUCAAUCUUCUCAAUUCAUUUGUUGUACUCAUGGAGAUCUCAGCGACAGAUUCCAAGGAUACUGCCCACCACGCCAAAUUCCAUACAUUUCAAGAGACGGAUUCCCGCCAACGUGUCACAUGCAAUUGUCUCCAUGCCCAACUACUGCUCCAUACGUUUGCAUCUACUCUCCAGAGAAACAAGAUUCUUACUGUUGUGCUCCUAUUGAUACCGCAGUGCAUGUUGUGAAUCCAGAUAGAGGAUUUGCUUCUCCGGCCAAGAAUAUCGAUCUUCUUGAGACUCCAGAAGCACCAAAUUCCAACGUUCCAGGAAUGACUCAAACCUUCCCAGGAGGACCAUCAGCUCCAGGAAUGGGGCCAGUUGCCAUGCCAGACCCAAUUCCAGGUGUAGACAACACCAGAAUUUUACCACCUGCACUAGCACAGGCUGAGAUGGAGAAGAAGAUCAGAGAGCAGUUUGCCAAACAAGCAGAAAAUGGAAACAAAUUUGGAAACUUUGAUAACUCCCAAGAAUCUGGCCACACUGGAAAUAAUGGAAACUUUGGAAACAACAACAAUAAUUUUAAUUUGGGAGGAGGGGUUGUCCCAGGAUUCAACAAUCAAGCUUCCCAAAGUGGGUGCCCUCUCGGAUCCCGCCCAUUGAUAGGAUUUAACCAACAAAUCACUGAAUGCUCCCAACAACCAUGUCCAGAUGGAUUCUCCUGCGUUUUCGCUGAAAAGGAUAACAGAUUCCAAUGUUGUUCAUCUGUUUCAAUCAUGUUGGCAGUUAACAAACCAGUUAACAAACAAACAACCCCAUCUCCCAAUGGUCAGAUCGAAUGUCCGCCAGGAUUUUUCAAUAUGGACGGAAAGUGUCUUAAGAUUCUCUUUGCUGGACAGAAGGGAUGCAUUUCUGAUGAUCAAUGUAGUGCUCGUGAAGCUAACUCAACCUGUGACAAUGGUUACUGUAUCUGCCCAACUGAUAAACCACUAGUUCACGGAGGAAAGUGUAUUGCUAACUGUCCAGAAGGAUUUGCUAACAUUGCUGGAAGAUGCUAUGAUCCAACAACUGUUAUCUUCAUGGACUCUGUAGAUGAGAGAAAGAAUGGGACCAUUGGAGGAUACUGUUUGGAGACACUAAUCGAAGAGAAAAGAUGUCUAGUCCAGAACAGUUACUGCUCAGAGAAAACAGUCACAUGCACCUGUCAGAUUGGAUACGAACUUGAGAUGAACUUCGAGGAUAAGGAUGACAAGGGUAAAUGUAAGAAGAAUAGUGAUUCGAAGUACCAUGAUUUGAAAGCAACAACACCUACACCAUUUGACGAUGAGCUUUAUUUCAUUGAUAUCAGUUCAAUGAACCACGAGAGCCCAUUGAAUGACACAGGAGUAGAAAGUGAGGAUUUGAACAAGUAUCUGUUCCAGUCUGACGAAAUGAUUCCAGUUUUCGCCUAA